AUGGAGCCGGGAUGGGGCAGCAAUGGCUCCCAGCCCAGCCGCCCCGCGGGCAACGGGAGCCUCCUGUGGAGCCGCGACGAGGCGCUGGCCAGGGCCGAGGUCGGGGUGCUGGCCGCCAUCCUGGCCGCGGCCACCGUGGGCAACGCGGCGGUGCUGCUGGCCGUGUACCGCCUGCGCGGCAAGACGAGCCGCGUGCACCUCUUCAUCCUGCACCUGGGCCUCACCGACCUGGCCGUGGCGCUCUUCCAGGUGCUGCCGCAGAUGGCGUGGGAGGUGACGUUCCGCUUCGCGGGCCCCGACGCGCUGUGCCGCGCCGUCAAGUACCUGCAGGUGCUCAGCAUGUUCGCCUCCACCUACGUGCUGCUGGCCAUGACGCUGGACCGCUACGCGGCCGUGCGGCACCCGCUGCGCUCGCUGCGGCAGCCCGGCCGCCGCGCCUGCGGCGCCAUCGCGGCCGCGUGGCUGCUCAGCGCGCUGCUCAGCCUGCCGCAGCUCUUCAUCUUCUCGCUGCGCGAGGUGCGCAGCGGCUCCGGGGUGCUCGACUGCUGGGCCCACUUCGCGGCGCCCUGGGGCGCCCGCGCCUACGUCACCUGGACGGCGCUCUGCGUCUUCGUGCUGCCCGUGGGCGUCCUCGCCGUCUGCUACGGCCUCAUCUGCCGCGAGAUCUGCAGGAACCUGCAGGGCAAGACGCAGAGCGGCGGCGCGGGCGGCGCGGCGCAGCGGGGCGGCCGCCGCGGCGCCGGGCAGCCCUCGCGCGUCAGCAGCGUCCGCACCAUUUCGCGCGCCAAGAUCCGCACCGUCAAGAUGACGCUGGUCAUCGUGCUGGCCUACGUGGCCUGCUGGGCUCCCUUCUUCGGCGUGCAGCUCUGGUCGGUGUGGGGCGAGGACGCGCCGCGUGACGAGUCCUCGGACGCGGCCUUCACCAUCGCCAUGCUGCUGGGCGGCCUCAGCAGCUGCUGCAACCCCUGGAUCUACCUGUGCUUCAGCGGGCACCUGCUGCAGGCGCUGGCGCGCGCCCUGCGCUGCCGCCGCGGCGCCCGCGCCGCCCUCCGCCGCCCGCCCUCCACCGGCAGCCUCUGCAGCCGCAAAACCACCGUGGUGCUGAGCGCCGGCCGCGGCGCGCGCCGCCCCGACGAGGACGCCGACACCGAGGCGGGCACGCUCUAG